AUCUCUCUUGGUGUGAGUGUGUCGUCUUUGUGGCGCUAACCGGAAAUACAGUGGCGUCGUCUGUGUUGUUGUCGCUGACUCGCAUUUUUUCUUCCUUCUACUUGAUAUAAAUGAUCAUUUUUGUACGAAGGCGACUGUUCGGUGAUUAGUUUUAUUUAUUUUCUCAUUUUGACCUCGUUGACGACGACAAAUAUCUCGAUUGUUCUCUCCAAGCAGGUUUCAUUACUGAGAGUGUUUUGUUAAACAACAACAACACUCCAUUGAAAUCUCUCAUAAGCGGUCGAAUCGUCCUACUUUGGACUUUGCUCGACAUGGCCGGCAAGAGGAUAUACGUUAGCAUCGCGUAUGCGAGCUUCGGCAGCUUGGUCGGGCUCUCUGCCUUCCUGGUGUGGAACAUAGUUUAUCGGCAGCCAUGGACGGCCACCAUGGGAGGCCUCUCAGGCGUGUUGGCGCUGUGGGCGCUGGUCACCCACGUCAUGUACCUUCAGGACUACUGGCGCACGUGGCUCAAAGGUCUCAAGCUCUUCAUCGGCGUGGGCGUGCUCUUCUGCGUGCUCGCCGUCGCCGCCUUCAUCACCUUUCUGACGCUGGCCAUCCAGCAGAAGCAAUCCGUGAGCGACCCCAGGAGUCUGUACCUGUCGUGCGUGUGGAGCUUCAUGACCCUCAAGUGGUCCUUCCUCCUGGUCUUGUACUCGCACCGCUACCGCCAGGAGUUCGCCGACAUCAGCAUCCUCAGCGACUUCUAGCCACGCCCCCGAAGACUUCCAACGUUCCCCCGGCUGGGCCUUUUAGGACCCGAGGGAGGACUCGUCCGCACAAGGUACUCGUCCGACUUUGACCACCAGGAGGCGCUCUCGCUUCACUCGUACUUCCACACAACCUGAAGGAGGCCGGACUUAUUUACUUAUUUCCCCCCCUCGUCGCGUUCUUCGUUAAGAGCGCCGACACAAAAAAAAACCACGAAGUCAUCCCGCAUCUUUUCUAUUUUAGGAAAAGUUGCGCGGACGUCUCGUAAUUAUCCCAUGCUAAAUGCUUAAGUUGGGUUCUGUGUGAAAGGCAAUUGUGGACAACUGCCAGGUCUUCUGUUGUGAUGCACCAAUUUAUCGGGAUGUCUUUGUGGGGGGAAAAAAAGCAGUGACCGUUUUAUACGUCAAAAGCGUUUUUGUCCUUUAUCUUCUUUUUUUUUACCGAAACUAGAAGACCAGGACUUAAAAAUUCAAUGAAGGAAUUUGCACGCACAGUCACGACUUAACGGACAUUUUUUUUCCUGGAAAGUACCGCUAGCUUCUGCUCUCUUGCACUCCUUUAGGUUUGUCGACGCAACACCGUGUUACGUCAUUUUCGAGCCUAAAAACACAUCGUGAAAAUGACCUUGUUGUAAAUUUUGUGUCGACACAUGCAAACAAGUAACGACUUUGGAUUUUAUCGGGAAAGCAUCUGUUCCGCUCUUCUUCUUUUGUGUAAUUUAUGUAACACAGUUUUGAAAAACAAAUACAAACGUUGUUACGGCAUUUCCGGAGCCUGGAAACACACAAAUCGGAAAAACGGCACUCAAAUUCCUCAAUUCCGAAACUAGAAACUAGAAAGUACCGCUAGCUUCUGCUCUCUUGCACUCCUUUAGGUUCGUCGACGCAACACCGUGUUACGUAAUUUUCGAGCAUAAAAACACAUCGUGAAAAUGACCUUGUUAUACAUUUCCGUAUAAACGUUCAGUGUCGACACAUGCAAAUAAGCUACGACUUCGGAUUUUAUUAGGAAAAGCAUCCGUUCAGCUCUUCUUCUUUCGGGUAAUUUAUGUAUCACAGUUUUGAAAAACAAAUACAAACGUUGUUACGGCAUUUCCGGACCCUGGAAACACACAAAUCGGAAAAACGGCACUCAAAAGUGGAAGUUUUUGUCCGUUAUCAUUUUUUUUUACCUCAACUCCGAAACUAGAAGACAGGGACUUAAAUUUUUUCAAUGAAGGAAUUUGCACGUACGUCACGACUUAACGGACAUUUUUUUUUCCUGGAGAGUACCGCUAGCUUCUGUUAGGUUUGUCGACGCAACACCGUGUUACGUCAUUUUCGAGCCUAAAAACACAUCGUGAAAAUUACCUUGUUAUAGAUUUCGUGUCGACACAUGCAAACAAGUUACGACUUCGGAUUUUAUCAGGAAAGCAUCCGUUCCGCUCUUCUUCUUUUGUGUAAUUUAUGUAACACAGUUUUGAAAAACAAAUACAAACGUUGCUACGGCAUUUCCGGAGCCUGGAAACACACACAUCGGACAAACGGCACUCAAAAGUGGAAGUUUUUGUCAGUUAUCAUUUUUUUUUACCGAAACUAGAAGACCAGGGACUUAAAUUUUCAAUGAAGGAAUUUGCACGUACGUCACGACUUAACGGACAUUUUUUUUUCCUGGAGAGUACCGCUAGCUUCUGCUCUCUUGCACCCCUUUAGGUUUGUCGACGCAACACCGUGUUACGUCAUUUUCGAGCCUAAAAACACAUCGUGAAAAUGACCUUGUUAUAGAUUUCGUGUCGACACAUGCAAAUAAGCUACGACUUCGGAUUUUAUCGGGAAAGCAUCCGUUCCGCUCUUCUUCUUUUGUGUAAUUUAUGUAACACAGUUUUGAAAAACAAAUACAAACGUUGCUACGGCAUUUCCGGAGCCUGGAAACACACACAUCGGACAAACGGCACUCAAAAGUGGAAGUUUUUGUCCGUUAUCAUUUUUUUUUACCGAAGCUAGAAGACCAGGACUUAAAAAUUCAAUGAAGGAAUUUGCACGUACGUCACGACUUAACGGACAUUUUUUUUUCCUGGAAAGUACCGCUAGCUUCUGCUCUCUUGCACUCCUUUAGGUUUGUCGACGCAACACCGUGUUACGUCAUUUUCGAGCCUAAAAACACAUCGUGAAAAUGACCUUGUUAUAGAUUUUGUGUCGACACAUGCAAACAAGCUACGACUUCGGAUUUUAUCAGGAAAGCAUCCGUUCCGCUCUUCUUCUUUUGUGUAAUUUAUGUAACACAGUUUUGAAAAACAAAUACAAACGUUGUUGCGGCAUUUCCGGAGCCUGGAAACACACACAUCGGACAAACGGCACUCAAAAGUGGAAGUUUUUGUCCGUUAUCAUUUUUUUUUACCUCAAUUCCGAAACUAGAAGACAGGGACUUACAUUUUCAAUGAAAGAAUUUGCACGUACGUCACGACUUAACGGAAACAAUUUUUUCCGGAAAGUACCACUAGCUUCUGCUCUCUUGCACUCCUUUAGGUUCGUCGACGCAACACCGUGUUACGUCAUUUUCGAGCCUAAAAACACAUCGUGAAAAUGACCUUGUUAUAAAUUUCCGUAUAAACGUUCAGUGUCGACACAUGCAAAUAAGCUACGACUUCGGAUUUUAUCGGAAAAGCAUCCGUUUCGCUCUUCUUCUUUCGGGUAAUUUAUGUAUCACAGUUUUGAAAAACAAAUACAAACGUUGUUACGGCAUUUCCGGAGCCUGGAAACACACACAUCGGAAAAACGGCACUCAAAAGUGAAAGUUUUUGUCCGUUAUCAUUUUUUUUAACCUCAACUCCGAAACUAGAAUACAGGGACUUACAUUUUUUCAAUGAAGGAAUUUGCACGUACAUCACGACUUAACGGAAACAAUUUUUUUCCGGAAAGUACUGCUAGCUUCUGCUCUCUUGCAAUCCUUUAGGUUCGUCGACGCAACGCCGUGUUACGUCAUUUUCGAGCCUAAAAAACACAUCGUCAAAAAAAUUACCUUGUUAUAAAUUUUGUGUCGACACAUGCAAACAAGCUACGACUUUGAAUUUUAUCGGGAAAGUAUCCUUCCCCACUUCUUCUUUCGGGUAAUUUAUGUAACACAGUUUUGAAAAACAAAUACAAACGUUGUUACAAGCCUGCAAACACACACAUCGGAAAAACGGCACUCAAAAGUGGAUGUUUUUGAAAAGGACAUCAUACUUGAAAAAGCAGGACUUGUCCGUUACCGUUCAAUGUUAGCAUACAUGAGUACGUCACAGAUGUAACAAUACAAAUUAUUUCGUAACAUGCUAGCAUGAAUUCGACGCUCCCGCACUUCUUCUUUAGUGUCGGUUAUGCAUCACUGUUCUCAAAAAAAAGAUACGAACGGUGUUGUUUUUGCACCGUUCUUACAGAAUUUCCCGAGCCUGAAAACACACACAGGACUUUGUUACCGAACAAUUCUGGCAUACGCAAGUACGUCACAGCUAUAACUUCUUUCGUAACAUGCUAGCAUGAAGCCAACUCUCCUGCACGUCUUCGGGGACUGUUUUCGAAAAACCGAUACAAACAAUGUCGUUUUGCACCGUUGUUACAUCAUUUUUGGAGCCCGAAAAUGCACACAUCGGAAAACAGGUCUUAAAAGUUCAUGGUUUUGUAAAGAACAUUGCAAUAAAAAGCAGGAUUUGUCCGUAAACCACAAUACUUUUUUUUGUAACAUGCUAGCAUGAAUUCAACUCUCCUGCACUUUUUUUUCGGGAGGUUGUUUAUAGUUUUCCGAAAAACCAAAUGAAAUUAAAUCAGUGCUGUACUACUCAUUUGUUUGCAAAACGAAAACUGAGUUGUUCUGAAAAUAACAUCGUUAUCAUUUCCGUUUCUACGCUAAAAUGAUCGGAAAUGUGUCAACGUUGAGUGUGGGUUACAACUACAACAGCUACUUUUGUAACGUGCUGCUAGCAUGGAAUCUUUUUUCUGAAUUCCCAAAUUCAAAAUUGUUGCUGUUUCGGUCAUUUGUUUACGAACGACGGAAAACAAAAAGUGGCUAUUUUCAACGUGGCUAAAUUAUCGCUCUGUGUUAUUGCUGAAAGUGGUCGUACAUUAAACGUUAGAGUUCGGUAAAGGCGUAUACGUGAGUAACGUUACACCUGACACAAUAAAACAAUUUUCGUAACGUGCUGUUGGCAUGGAAUCUUCUUUCCGAACUCCCAAAUUCAAAAGGGAACAAAUUGUUGCCGUUUCGGUCAUUUGUCUACGAACAACGGAAAACAAAAAGUGGAUAUUUUCAACGUGGCUAAGUUAUCGCUUCGUGUUAUUGCUGAAAGUGGUCGUACAUUAAACGUUAAGAGUCCGGUGAAGGCGUAUACGUGAGUAACGUUACACCUGACACAAUAAAACAAUUUUCGUAACGUGCUGUUAGCGGAAAUUGUACUUAAGAGUGUUAUUUUGAAAAUUUUUCGGCGCCUGGAAACACGAAUAUUUAAUAAGGACAGGAAAAUAAAAAACGGAUACUUUUUUUUACAUGCAAAAACUUCACAGCAAUGAAAGUUUUCAGAUGUUCAAAAAGUGAUGUUAGCAUGAAUUGUUCUCCGAUGUGCACCACUUUGAUCAACUACAACGUGCGUCUGUUUACAUAUUUCUCGGAGCCUGGAAACAACACUUUUGUAAACAUAUUGUCAAGUGUACUUUAAAAAAAAAUAAAAAUCUGACACCAUUUUAAUUGAAGGACAACACAAGACAUUGGCCCUUCAAAACCAACAUCGCCACCUGCUGGCCUGGCAUGCACAUUACAGUUUAGCCUCUGCGUGAAACAUUUACAUUUUUAUGUGGUCCGUCGUGUAAAACUUCUUCUUUAAGAGACUAGCAGUUCAAUUUUGACGUCAAAGGCGUGUGUCGGAGUAUCAAAGCAAGAACCCUUCUAGACCAAAAUGGAGCGAGCUAAGAUCAAAGUGUGCAUUUCUAGUCACUUUACGACUUUUCUCAACAUGUUUUUACGUUUCAAAGCAGACAGAACUCUGUUGUUUUUAACGCAGAUCCAGUUAUUCACCUUGUAUGUAUCUUUUUUUGUUUGUUAUGUAGACAAUAGUUACGUGUCCAUAAACAAUCCUUCUAUGGUAAACAAGUAUUCUAGAUGUGGUGUGGUUCACGUGAUGGCCACCAGGGGGAGCCCUGUCCUCACGUUGCUCUUGUAAAAGACUUACUGAACGCACUUUGAUGUCCACGCUGUUGUUUGCACUCCACAGGAGCUUUCUAGAAUGUCCUUUAUCUGCUAUUCCUGUCACUUGCUUGGAGGACGAGAGCGACUCGCUCACCUGAGAAAUAUUUUGACGUGUUAUGAAUGUUGAGGACGCCCCCUAGUGUACAGUGGAAACACUUCAAGGUGCGUCACUUCCCACUUCCAUGUAUGUUGUCUCUCACUAUUAAUAAAGUGAUGCAGCUCCCCUACAA